AUGCGUCACUGCAAUAAUGGAGGACUGUCUUUUCCACCCGGACUGAUGCUGUCUGUAUUUCUACUCUUAUACCUGUGUUUUUGAAGAAACACAACUCGUCUACAAUUCAGCACGUAGUUCAGGUCAGACUAACAGACUUAAGAUGACUACGGACAAGCCUGCCCAAAGUGUGGGCUCCAGGAUAAUGACGUUCAACCCCUCUAAAGUGGAGUUCAAGGACUUCAGCCGGUACAUUGCUUAUAUGGAGUCACAAGGAGCACACAAGGCUGGAAUUGCAAAAGUAAUUCCACCUAAAGACUGGAAACCUAGAAAAACAUAUGAUGAUAUCGAUGACCUGGUGAUACCUGCUCCCAUUCAGCAGGUCGUGACAGGCCAGUCAGGCCUGUUCACACAGUACAACAUCCAGAAGAAGCCAAUGACUGUCCACGAGUUCCGCAAGACCUCCAACAUGGAAAAGUUCUGCAAUCCUCGAUAUGUCGAUUUCGAUGAGCUGGAGAGAAAGUUUUGGAAGAACUUGACCUUCAACCCCCCUCUUUAUGGUGCUGAUGUCAGCGGAACACUGUAUGAUCCAGAUGUGACUGAGUGGAACAUCGGUCGCCUCAACACCAUUCUGGACACGGUGGAGAACGAGAGCGGGAUCAAGAUCAAAGGAGUGAACACACCGUACCUCUAUUUUGGGAUGUGGAAGAGUGCCUUCGCGUGGCACACGGAGGACAUGGAUCUGUACAGCAUCAACUACCUGCACUUUGGAGAGCCCAAGUCCUGGUAUAUUGUCCCACCAGAGCAUGGGAAGAGACUGGAACGACUCGCCAAGGGUUUCUUUCCAGGGAAUGCCCAGAGCUGUGAAGCCUUCCUGCGCCACAAGAUGACUUUAAUUUCACCCUCAAUCCUGAAAAAAUAUGGCAUACCAUUUGAGAAGGUGACUCAGGAGGCUGGGCAGUUCAUUGUGACGUUCCCGUUUGGUUAUCAUGCUGGUUUCAACCAUGGCUUCAACUGUGCUGAGUCCACCAACUUUGCCACCCAGCGAUGGAUUGAUUACGGCAAACAGGCGACACUGUGUUCGUGCCGACAGGACAUGGUGAAGAUCUCCAUGGACGUGUUCGUACGCAAAUUUCAGCCCGACCGCUACAAGCUGUGGAAGGCAGGGAAAGACACCGCGCCCAUCGACCACUCCAAAGUCACCCCAGAGUUCGCUGAGCUUCUGAAAGAAGACAAGAGUGAACCUUUAGAAGAGACUCCCGCUGAAGCUGUGUCGGAGGAGCCCAGUACUCCCCUCCAGGAGGACAAAACCAGUCCAAAGCCUCAGACUGGGACGAAGCGUCAGCUAGAAGCUAAUGAAGAUUCUGCAGAUAUCAAACCUGAGUUGACGAUGGAGGAGACUGAGGAGGUGGAGCCAAAGAAGGCCAAGCUGUCACGCAAGGAUACUCCGCCUAAAGUCCCUGUGAAGCCCGAUAAAGACACAGUAAAAGUCAAGACAGAGCCUAAGAAGGAGAAAGAAGCCAAGCCUCAGAUUAAAUCUCAGUCCAGACCCAGCACUAAGAAAAUUCCCAACAGACAGCCUUUUAAAAAAGAGAAGAACGGUGUGCCAGCUGCAGGCGCCUGUCCAUCGGAGCACAUUGAGAGCCAGGGGGUGGCCCCCUACUCUGAGCAGGAGACUCAGCGGGGCGGCAACUGCAGCCCGCCACACAAAGCGUUCCAGAGGACGCUGAGCCCCGCGGACGUCCUACAUGUACACAGCUACGCCAAAGGAGACUACGCAGAGGAAGAGGCCCCCCCUAGGGAUGAGAGGACGAGUGAGGACAGUGACAAUGAGAUGGAGAAAGACUACAGAAAUGUUUGCAAAUCACAGGGGGCCAGAGAUGCAGCUGGAGAUGAAGAGGAAGAGAAUGACCUGGGACAGCUUCCAGGCCAUCAUCCACUCAUUAAGGAUGGCAUGAGUGAUGAAGAGGUUCCAGAGGAGGCCCCCCGAGUAGAGGAAGGUGGUCUGGAAGGGGAGAGCUGGGCUAAACCUCUGGCUCACCUGUGGCAGAACAGACCCCCCAACCUGAAGAAAGAGAGGGAGUACAACCAGCGCAUGGAAUCCAAACCUCCAUACUGCUCCAUCUGCAUGCUGUUCUACACAUACCAGCAGACUGAGUGUGCCAGCAUUGUGGACAGUCCCGUCAUGGUUCCUGGGGGGGGCAUGCGGACCAAACCACUGAUCCCAGAGAUGUGUUUCACCACCACCACAGAGGAGGACUCUGAGUGCGAGGAGCAGCCCGUCACGCCCCAUCUAGAGGCAGACGGAACCAGCCUCCUCAUCAGCUGCUCCCAGUGCAGCAUCCGGGUUCACACCAGCUGUUACGGUGUGGAUCCAGCCAGUGUGAGCAAGGAGUGGAAAUGUGCGCGCUGCAAGGCCAACGCCAUGAAUGAGAAUUGCUGUUUGUGUUCGCUGAGAGGUGGAGCCUUGCAGAAAGCCAACAACAACAAGUGGGUACAUGUGCUAUGUGCAGUGGCUGUGCUGGAGGCUCGCUUUGUCAACAUCACUGAAAGAAGUCCUGUGGAUUUAAGUGGGAUCCCUUUGCAGAGAUUUAAACUGAAAUGUUACUACUGUAAGAAGCGGAUGAAGAAGGCAUCAGGCUGCUGUGUGCAGUGCUCUCAUGGCCGCUGUCCCACUGCCUACCACCCCACCUGUGCCCAGGCUGCAGGAGUGCUCAUGCAGCCCGAUGAAUGGCCUUUUGUAGUCCACGUUACCUGCUGUCGACACAAAGGGCCCACUCAGAUUGAACGCAAUAAAGCAGCCAUGCAUGAGCUGACGGUGGGACAGAAGGUGAUAUGCAAGCACAAGAACGGCCGCUACUACCAGUGUGACGUGGUGCAGCUGACUAAAGAGACCUUCUACGAAGUCAACUUUGACGACGGUUCCUUCAGCGACAAUCUGUUCCCCGAAGACAUCGUGAACCGAGACUGUGCUCAGCUUGGGCCCCCACCUCAGGGUGAGGAGGUUCAGGUGAGAUGGACAGACGGCCUGGUGUAUGGGGCCAAAUUUGUGGCAUCGCGUGCCAUCCACAUGUACCUGGUGGAAUUUGAGGAUGGGUCUCAGCUAACAGCAAAGAGAGAUGAUGUCUAUGCUCUGGAUGAGGAACUCCCAAAGAGAGUCAAGUCAAGACUGUCUAAAGCGUCCGACAUGAGAUUUGAUGGCAUCUUCGAGGAGAAAGAGAUCAUCAAGAAAUCAAAGAGACAGAGAGUGAUCAACUCCCGUUACAGAGGGGACUACAUCGAGCCUGUGAUUUACAGAACCAUCAUGGAGUAACGCGCACUUCCUGUCCGCUCACACACACACCAGCAGCCUGACACUCUGAACUGUACCCAAACAUUAGCUUAGCAGCUAGCCACUGACAGACUGUAGCUCCACAGCAUUUCCUUCAGGACUCGCUUUGGACUGUUCUCCUUUUUUUUUACUUCCAUCUUUGUUCUUUCCAUCAGAAUUAUAUUGACUUUGUUUGACUGCGAUUAAAGACAUUGCAGUAUUUAUUUAUUGUAGUUUUUCCUGUAACCGGCAGUACGUAGAAGAAGGAAGCAAUACAAAAAUGGCAUUUGUUCAAUAAAGUAGCAUUUUGACAGUACUGCAACUUUAAAAAAGACAGAACUGAAGUUGAUAUACAGUAAUAUUACGUUAAUUUCUCUCUGUAAAACAUUACAUUGGAAAAGUUUAAGGGUAAUCAAGUUUGAUAAGCCAUUAGUGGCUAAUAAAAAGAGCCUGACAAGUAUCAGAGUUAAAGCUUUUUUAUUUUAACGUUGCCCUUAAAUGUAUAAAAAAACCAAUUCAAAUUAUUCAUAUAAUUUAAUCUUAUUUUGUGUGCAAUUUAUUUUUAAUUGUUUCUGUCUGCAAUUAACAAUUCAUUUUUUAAAAAUCUAUAAUACUAUAAUUCCCAGAAGAAGUUAGUGAAAAAUGCUCAUCACAAUUGUCCUGAGCCGAAAUUAAAUCUUCAUUAUUCAAUUUAAAAUCAUUUAAAACAGAACAGAACCAAGCUUUACAUCUGAGAAAAGCUGGAACCUGUACAAAUCUGGCUUUUUUUGUUUAAAGAAUUAUAAAUUAAUGAUUUUGAUUCAUAAGUCUGUUGAUUAGACAUUUAUCUCUAAAGAUCUUCCCCUGAUACGUGCCAGGCUCCAUAUUCUGCCGUGCUAAUUUCAUUAAACUACACUUUUUAAGGACUAUGCACCAUGUUUACAUUAAAGCAGUUCCAAAUUAUUAAGUCCUUAAAACUCCACCCUCUCUGUUGGUCUGUCUGCUCCCAAUGGAUUAUGUGCAAGACAUUUCUUAAUACAUGACAUUGGAUCAAACCAAACUAACACAAGCCCUUCCUUAGCAGAAUGAAAAAAGCCCUGACUCUAACCCAGAAGGUACUGCAUGUGUCAGGGAGUGGUUUUACCCACCUCUCAAUCUGACAACGCACAUCAUUAAACAUGAGUUCAUAUCGCCACUGUCUUUGGAAUCCUUCACCAUGGCUAAACUCUUUACAGGUGUCAAUCUAAUAAACUUAAUUGCACUGAUAUUAUCUUUUUAAUGAUGAGAAUUAUUCUCUUUCUUUUACUCACAAGUUUUCUUGAAACAAUGAAGUUACAUUUACAUAACUUUUAUCCGCACACAAAAGUAAUAAACUACUAAAAAAGUUGUUUUUAUAUUAGUGCAGUACAACGCUUGAGUUUCUGUUCUAACAAUUAAAUACCUUUUUGUUACCAUUUUAGAGAAUUUUUACAUUUUGAAGUUUCAUGACUGGAAACCAAAUAUGUUUUUAAAUGUUCUAAAAAAAUAUAUAUAUGAAGUGAUCAAGAUAUCUGACAAGAUAUGUUUACUGACAGCUUUUUGGUACUUAAAAUUAGAUAUCAAAAGAUUUCAACAAGUUAAGGAGAAGUUUAAAAAAGAUUACAUUCAUUCAUUCCUUUUCAGGCCUUUCAACUGCAAUUGAAUCUAUAAUAAACUUCAAGUUGCCCUCUAGUUUAGUAAUUCAUACUUCUGUUUUUUUUUUAAAGGCAUGACCACAAUAUGAAUUACAUAUACAAAUGAGUAUAUAAAAAAAUGUCCCUGCAACUUUAGUAUGUUAAGAAACUGCUCCCAGAUGCAGGUAUAAACUUUCCCCCACGCAUUUCAGAUGAACAAAUAGAAACAAAUAUAAUAAUAUAUGGAUGAAGUAUUUCUUUAAGUGGUAGCAAUCCCAUUUAAUCCACUGAUUGCAUUCUGCUGAUUGAACUGCAUUCCUUUAUUAGAAGUGAAUAAAGCUUGUUUUUACCUGCCUAUUUAUUAAGGUGCUCUGAGAAAGUUUUGCAUUACACACAGGAGUAGCAUUAAUGCUGCCGAGGUUGAGUUCAAUGAUGUAUUUUUUCUACAGUAUAUAGAUGAAUUUAUUCAGAUUUAUAACGCGCUUUGUCUAUACAUUUGUUUCCUCACUCUUCUACUCAAAGUUGUGCAUUGCACUUUUAUUUAAGUCCAGUUUGCGAGGACAUAUAAAUAGUUGUUUGCUGCCAAUGCGUUCCUGUUAUAGAAUGUUAAUUGUACAUUUCUAAAAAUUCUUAUUGAUUGUUCGCCCCUCCCUCUUGGCCAAGCUCAUGUCUGUGAGUCUGGUUCUUGUGGUUGUCAGGCUGCCGUACAGACAGAGGAAUGCUAGUUUUAUAGUUAGCUGUUAGCCACUGCUAAGACCCCGCUUUCAUCAGUCCAGUGAAGAAUGGAUUUUUGUAUUCAUAAAGUAUCAGAGUUCAGAGGGGAUUUUCCUAACUAUUUUAUUGAGUUGUUUUGUAAAACAUGUUCUAUGUGUGUUUUCACAGAAUGCUGUGAAUUGUAAAUGUCAUGUAUUUUAUUUUUAAGAUGUUACCCGUUUAUGCAGGAAAGGAGCAUUCUGUUCUUGCUGUAUAACUGAAUUUACAGAUUAUUAUUCAAGCAAUUUCUAAAACUCAUCUGUUUGUUUAAGUAAAGAAAUUUGCUUCAGCA